ACUGUGUAGUGGCUGUAAUGUAUUUGAUGUUCUCAUUGGUGCCUCCCCUCUAACAUGUCACCAUUUCUGGUAGAUUAACCCAGAUAUGGGGAGCAUCAUCAGGUGUUGAAGUACCACUAACGCUCUCUUAACCCUUGUCUUCGAGGCAUCCACCUGCAGGAACAAGCACCUGCUGACUGAAAAAGUUCAGAAACUUGUGCAACACAUAUUUCAACAUGUUUUCUUCCAUUUGAUCGAUUAUUUUACCAACGCCUUGUGCCUUUAAAAUGCAUCGUGUUCGAGACUCUACCAACAUGCUAUUCUCUUCAUCUUCAACAUUGCCAAUGUAUUUAUUGAUGACGUCUCUGCUGGUGAUGGGCCUGGAGGCUGCGGCCACCGCAGGGACCACGCCGGGCUGCGCGUCCUGCCGCAUGCCGCUAAUGGAGAAGGAUGCGGAGCAGAGGCUCCUGGUUGAAAUCGCCAAGCAGCAGAUCUUGAACAACCUGCAUCUGAAAGAGAGACCAAAUAUCACAUCGACAGUGCCCCGCGCUGCACUUCUCACCGCGCUCCGCAAACUGCACCCGGGACGUGUCAGAUCGGACGGCACCUUUGAACUUGAAAACAAAAUCAAGGAAACCAAAGAUCCGGGAUAUGAAAUAGUGAGCUUCGCAGAAAUAGAUGAGAUGAACACUACUACUGGAGCCCAGCCAGGCCUCACCUUUCAGUUCCUGCAGGAGAGAGAACACAGCAUCCAGGUGCUUCAGUCUGCCCUGUGGCUGUAUGUCCACUCCUCCGACACCCCUAACCGGGCUCCCCGCCCCACCGCCACAGCCCACAUCUACCUGUCUAGCCCUGGGGAAGGCAGAUCCAACCACACCCUCCUCUUGGAGAAGAUCUUGGAUGUGCAGAAGAGCAACUGGCAUACCUUCCCCAUCACCCACACCCUACAGGCCUUCAUGGACGGGAGCAAGCGGCUGCUACAGCUUGAGGUCAUCUGCAAGGAGGCUGGGUUUGAGCCGGGCCAAGGCCAGAACCUGUGUGAGCUGGGUAAGACCAUGGACAUGGCUCAUCAGCCAUUUGUGGUGGCCCAGGUGCGGCUCCGUGACAACUCCAGGCACAUCCUCCAGAGGAGGUCUCUGCGCUGCGGGGACAACGUUAGCGUUUGCUGCAAGAAGGACUUCUAUGUCAAGUUCAAGGAUAUCCAGUGGCAGGACUGGAUCAUAGCACCUGAGGGGUACCAUAUGAAUCACUGUAUGGGUCAGUGUCCCCAGGCCCUGGCCGGGUCUCCGGGCAUCGCGUCUUCCUUCCACGCCACAGUGUUCAGUCAGCUCAAAGCCAACGGCAUCAAUUCAGCGGUGUCUUCUUGCUGCGUGCCCAUCCAGCGUAGGCCUCUAUCUAUGGUCUACUUCAACUCACAGCACAGCAUCGUCAAGACCGACGUCCCUGAUAUGAUCGUAGAGUCCUGCGGCUGCACGUAAACACAUAAAAGAGAAAGACCAGACAUUCAGCUCAUGAUGCUUUUAGUCUGAGAAGACUAGAUUGAAUUUGUUACACACACACACACAAACAUAAUUUAAGGUAUUCUGUCUCUAUCAAUUUGAUAGAUGGUUUUUGCACAGAAAGUGAGAAUGAGGCUUCAAUGUCUUGUAAUUAGCAGACCUGGUUCAAAUACUAUAUAGGGUAUUUCAAUUACUUUCAAAGACAUUUAGAAGUAAGUAUUUCAAUAUAUAUAAUUUAAAAAAAAAAUGUUUUUAGACGUAGUUGAAUAUUGUAAUAUAUUUGGAAAUACACUUGGAAAGUAUUUGGAAAUACACUUGGAAAGUAUUGGAAAAUACUUACAUACACUGACUCAAAUACACUCCCAGGCAUUUGAAAAUAGUAUUUUAAAUAAAUAUUUGGAAAUACUUUCAAAUAGUAGGCUAUUUAUGGGAAAUUAUUAGAAAAUACUUUCAAAUACUUACAAUAGAAGUAGUUGAUUAGGGCCAUAUUUUUGGAAAAAUACUGAGAUACACAGAAAAUAAGUAUUUAAAAUCAAAUAAUCAAAUACACAUGUAUUUGCUCUCAGGUCUGGUAACCAUGCCAACGGGGAAUAGUACUGAAUGUUAAUAGGGUUUGGUCAGUCAUGUGGUCACACAAGACACAUGACGGAAAGAGGAGAGAGAUUAAUAUAUAUCUAAACUUCUUUCAGUUUUAAAAAUUUUAAUCUAUGAGCUGUGUUAUUACUUUAUCUUUUUAUACUAAAUGUGUUGUGUAUACUGGUGAAUGUGAGUUAAAAUGCAGUAAGAUUUAUUGCAGUCAGUCAGCAUCUGGACUUCAGAGAAAUGUACUAGAACAUAUCUGAGCUUUACAAAGGCUCUUUGUCAAUGCAACACAACAUUUAAGAAAUGCAAUCUUCACACACAUACGACGUACGUAUCUGACUGAAAAUAUCUAUCGUAUAGGCAGUGCCAUUGUACCAUUUUUUCCCUCUAAAUUGUGAAGUUGUUUGACUCCUACUAGUUCAUUACAAGUACCGUUACAAUACAGGCAUUUGGACUUCAAUUUCAAAAAUAAGAUUGCUAAAAUAUGUGUUUUUUUGUAAGGUUGAUGGCUAAUUGGGUGUUCUGAUACUGUAGACUCAUUCUGUAUUCGAAACGUUCUUGAAAAUCCACAGAGCUAAAAGGGUUACAAAAAGGUUAUUUGUCUGUCCCGAUAGGAGAACCCUUUUUGGUUCCCGGUAGAGCCCUUUUUAGGUUCCAGAUAGAACCCUCUGUGGAAACGGUUCCACAUAGAACCAAAAGGGUUAUACCUGGAACCAAAAAGGGUUCUCCAAAGGGUUCUCCUAUGGGGACAGCCAAAGAACCAUUUUCGGUUCUAGAUGGCACCUUUUUUUCUAAGAGUGUAGAGACUCAUGGAAUUGUACUCAUACGGUUCGCAUUAUGUAUGUAUGUAAGCAACACAAAAGAGCAGUAAAAUGUUUCAAAUAAUCUGAAUAGAUUCCACCCCUGGGAAACCACCCUGACAGGAGACAUAUCUGAUAUGGAGAGGUUCAAAAAUGGUUUUGAUCAGAUAAUCAGUUAGGCAACAGCCUGGCUUUGAUGACAUGAACUCAAGGUUAUUACUCAGUUGUGUGAGCAAACAUUUAGCUAUUGCCACAGUGUCAGGCAACCAGAAAGUCCAUCGUAAACACAGGUCAAUGAGCAUGUGCUCCAAAGCACGAUGAAGUCUGCAUUUUCCAAAGUCAAAUGUUUCUUAGGGCUGAUGCAACUUAUAUGCAUCCAUUCAAGCAAAUGUUUGUUUUCUGCUUCCUGUUUAGAAUGUUUACACUGUCUGGGUAUAGUGUAUGUGUAUCAUACAUUUGAAGCUGAAGCAUCUUUGCUGCUUUCUUAAUGGUUUGCAUCUUCAGUAUGGCUGGCAGUAGCAGUGUAUACUCUAACUGGAGACCUUCCUACCCUACCCUGGCACUAUGCAGGCACUAUACUGCUCUAGGCAGCAAAAGGCCCCAUUAUUACAUUGCAGUAUGAUAUGCUAGCAUGGCCUUCAGGUUCCUACACAUCCUGGUUACCUGGCUCCUAGAAUAUUAGAACAAUAGAACAUUCUAUAAUUCUUCUGGAAGCACUUCCUGUGUAUGUCACACUGGGGUGCAUAUAAUGUACCAUGAUGAUAACUAAUACCAUUGAUUUUGAUACCAAAAAGUGAACUGUUUUCCAAACAGAAAGCCUCACAUAACUUUCAUGAUCGGCCAUGAUUUCUGAAUGAGCACUUUAUCGGCUUACUGUAUAUUUAUGAGAUUCUGCAACAGGUUGUCCUCCUAAUGCCAUUUUCUAGUUUUGUCACUCUGUCACUGCAUGUGAAACAAUGAUAAGGUGAUAGUUAUCAGGUUAUUUUCUUUAGCCCUUGCUGUGUGAAUGAAUGUGUGGUCUGUGAUAUAACAGCAACACUUUGAACAAAAUGGAGAAAGUUCUGUAUUCUGUAACUGGAUAUAGAUACCAGCAUUUUGAUUGAAUAUCAAUUCCAGUAGAUUCUAUUGUCUAUGUUUUAAAUUGCAUUAUAUUUUUUAUUAAUUUAUAAUAAGAAUACGUUAUUAGGAAUUUGUUUAUUGUACUGUAUGCUAUAAUUCCAUUUGAAAAUAUAUUUUAAACAAAACAAAUAAAUGUUUGACUUGA